UAUCCUUUCUCGCAAGAGGAAGAUAAGCCACCUCAUUCGUGCAUGUCUACACUGACUGAACUUACAAAUGACGAAGUGACCCCGUUUGCUCGCAUUCCACCCCCUCUGGACGACGCAACCCACGAGCGAGCCGAGUAGUACCCCCUCAGGAACCUACCUACCCUUACAAGCCUAGCUCCUUUAUCAAAGAACCCGAGGACCUCUGUCGUGGCGUUCAUGUCCUCCUGCUAUUAUCUUGUUAUUUUUUAUUUAUAUUUAAAUCGUUUUGCCAUCCGCAGCACGCCAACCCUAAAGAGGCCUAGAGGAGUGCACAUCCUCGAAGGGGGGGCAUCUCGUGAGAAUUCCUCGCCAGCCAGUCAGCAGCUGCGGCAGUGGCUUUUCCCUCUUUUCCCCUCCUCUCAACACCACCUUCUCAUGAUCCCACUCGGCCACUCCUGGAGGUACGCCCGACGACGGCGGUUUUCGCGCCCUUCCAGGUCAGGCCGGUUCAGGUCAUGUCAGGUCAUCGACUUUUGGAUUAAGUCCCGGACAGGUCGCGCGUGGUCCACUCGCGAGUUGCUUGUCAGACUCCGAAGCAAGGGAGGAUGGGAUUGCUGAAGGG